GCACACGUGACAAGCAGGUUAAACAAGAGCAGACGUGCACUGGGAAUGCCACCGCAACACGAAGAGAUUGGAAGUAUGGGAGCGUUUUGAUGUCCACGCUCCUGGCAGAAGUCGGAGGCUUGUGGUGUGUGAUCGGCCUGCAGCUGUGAGAAUGUGGGCCUCGGUUCUGUCCGCCAGACUUUGGCCGCGGACGCUCCUGCUUUUGUCACUCUGCUGCGUUGGAGGGAAAUGUGAAAUUGAAAAGUCGGAACCUUCGGCAACAACCGGCAUUAAACCUUUUCACCAUGAUCUGGAUGAACCCCAGGCCUUCCCUGAUGAGGAGCGGGCCAGCCUUCCUGUGUUUACAAUGGACUAUCCUCGGGUUCAAGUCCCCAUUGAGUUCACGUUGUGGGUGCUGCUGGCUUCCUUUGCCAAAAUUGGUUUUCACAUUUACAAAAAUAUCACCAUCUGGAUCCCGGAAUCUUGUUUGCUGAUUUCCAUCGGCCUCGUCGUCGGCGCCAUCAUGCACUCCGUGAAAGAGGAGCCGCCAGCUGUGCUGACCUCCGAUGUCUUCUUUCUCUACAUGCUCCCGCUCAUCGUCCUGGAAAAUGGUUACUUCAUGCCCACCAGGCCCUUUUUCGAGAACGUCGGCACGGUGCUGUGGUACGCAGUGGUGGGGACUCUGUGGAACAGCAUUGGAAUCGGGCUCUCACUCUACGCCAUUUGUCAAAUUGAGGUCUUUGGUGUCCAAGAUAUCAACCUGCAGGAGAACUUGUUGUUUGCGUCGAUCAUCUCGGCCGUGGAUCCUGUGGCGGUGCUCAACGUGUUUGACGACGUCGGCGUGAACGAGCAGACUCACAUCGUCAUCUUUGGCGAGGGGCUGUUCAACGAUGCCGUCACCGUGGUACUCUAUAGCAUGUUUUCCUUCGUGGCGGACAUGUCCGCCGUGGAAUCCACCGACGUGCUUCUGGGCGGGGCCCGGUUCUUCGUGGUAGGGACCGGGGGUUUCCUUUUCGGCCUCGUCUUUGGCUUCGCUGCAGCCUUCACCACACGUUUCACCCACAACGCCCGGCAGAUCGAGCCGCUCUUCGUCUUCAUGUUCAGCUACUUGGGAUACCUGAUAGCUGAGCUCUUCGCCAUUUCCAGUGUUCUCGCGAUUAUUACAUGUGCUAUAACCAUGAAGUACUACGUAGAGGAGAACGUCUCCCAGAGGUCCUGCACUACUAUCCGCCAUGUGGUCAAGAUGUUGGCCACCAUCUCAGAAACUCUUAUCUUCUUCUUCCUGGGCGUCGUGACCAUUACGACGGAACAUGAGUGGAACUGGGGCUACAUCCUGUUCACGCUCCUGUUCGCCCUGCUCUGGAGAGGAAUCGGCAUUCUGGUUCUGUCUCAGAUCGUCAACCCGCUCCGGACGAUACAAUUCACCUUCAAGGACCAGUUCGGUCUGGCCUACGGAGGCGUGCGCGGGGCCAUCUGCUUUGCGCUGGUCUUCACCAUGCCCGACAGCAUCAACAGGAAGAACUUGUUUGUCACCGCUUCCAUCGCCGUCAUCAUAUUCACCGUCUUCAUACAGGGGAUCAGCAUUCGUCCCAUCAUAGAAUACAUGAAUAUCAGACGGACCAACAAGGACUCAAGCAACAUCAAUGUAGAAAUACACAACAGAGCGAUGGAGCACAUUGUUUGUGGCAUCGAGGACCUGUGCGGCCAAUGGAGCCAUUACUACUGGAAAGACAAGUUUAAAAAGUUUAACGAUCGCUUUCUGAGACGCAUCCUGCUUCGAGACAACAGGGCAGAGUCCAGUAUCGUGUCUCUGUACAAAAAACUGGAGCUGCAGACAGCCAUUGAUUUGCUGGACACACCUGUGGGCGACCUGAGUGCGGCACCGUCCAUCGUUUCCCUGUACGACGAGAAGAAGGGAGCGUCCCGACCUAAGAAGAAGUUCCUGGCUGCAGACGUCAGGAGGAUGCAUGACAUCCUGGCCAAGAACAUGUACAGAAUCCGAGAGAAGACAAUGGCUUACACCAACAAAUCCAACUUGCCUGACAACAGCCGAGCCAGGGAGAUUUUAAUUCGCCGACAUGCAAGCAUCAGACGCAGCCUGCGAUCUGAGAGUUUACGUGAAAUGGCCGCUCCAAAUGUGUCUAAAUCCCAGAAGUACUAUUCCCUGCAGCCCGGAGUCGACCCAGAGGUUGCCUUCCCUCUCAGGAGACGAAGUCAUGGAGGCGUGUCGCCAAGCUCCUCAUCCCGCUGGCUGACCUCAGUGAGGAAGCUGAAGACCGUCACAGAAGCAGGAAGUCGAGGAAGUCGUCCUGAAGGUGUGGUUGUAGUGGACGAGCGACGCCCCUAUCCUAGGGAAAAGACACCGGUCGCAGCCCCGCGGAAACACACCUUCGAGGAUGGGGGGGAAUCUGUAGCUCCUCCUCCGUUACCUGCGCCUCCUGGCUGGAUGCCUGACAACCGGAAUGUCCGGAAGAAUGAAGCUGGAGACCCACUACUUGGGAAGAUGUCACACGACUCACAAGCCUCUGGGAGGUGAAAUGUCAAGAAAAAGGUCGAGCGAGGACUUGUUUCAAGGGCAAUAAUGCCUAUAAUGUCAAAGGAACAACACUCAGUGCAGGUUUGGGAACUGAGGAGACACAUUUUUGAAGUGGAAUUCUUUCCCAUUCUUGAUUGAUGUACAGCUUAAGUUGUUCAACAGUCCCCCUUCUCAUAUUUUAGCCUUCAUAUUGCACCACACAUUUUCAAUGGGAGACGGGUCUGAACUACAGGCAGGCCAGUGUAGUACCUGCACUCUUUUAAUAUGAAGCCACACUGUUGGAACACAGCAUUGUCUUGCUGAAAUAAGCAGGGGCGUCCAUGGAUGGCAACAUAUAAUAAAUGAUAAAUGGGUUGUACUUGUAUAGCGCUUUUCUACCUUCAAGGUACUCAAAGCGCUUUGACACUACUUCCACAUUUACCCAUUCACACACACAUUCACACACUGAUGGAGGGAGCUGCCAUGCAAGGCACCAACCAUUACCCAUCAGGAGCAAGGGUGAAGUGUCUUGCUCAGGACACAACGGACGUGACGAGGUUGGUUCUAGGUGGGAUUUGAACCAGUGACCCUCGGGUUGCGCACGGCCACUCUCCCACUGCGCCACGCCGUCCCUAUAUGUUGUUCCAAAAGCUGUAUGUACCUUUCAGCAUUAAUGGUGCCUUCACAGAUGUGUAAGUUAGCCAUGCCUUGGUCACUAAUGCACCCCCAUACCAUCACACAUGGUAUGGGACAGUCCGGAUGGUUCUUUUCCUCUUUGUUUUGGACAGUUUUCAAAAAUAAUUUGAAAAGUGCACUCGUCAGACUACAAAACACUUUUCCACUUUGCAUCAGUCCAUCUUAGAUGAGCUCGGGCCCAGCGAAGUCGACAGCGUUUCUGGAUGUUGUUGAUAAAUGGCUUUGGCUUUGCAUAGUAGAGUUUUAACUUGCACUUACAGGUGUAGCAUUCAACUUUAGUUACUGAUAGUGGUUUUCUGAAGUGUUCCUGAGCCAUUGUGGUGAUAUCCUUAACACACCGCUGUCACUUUUUGAUGCACUACAGCGUCUCAGUCUUCUUUGCCAGGUGUGCCAGCGCUUUUUGAAGCCUGUUGCAGGCUUCAAAUUCCAAAUGAGCUAGUAUUUUCCCAACAACAAAAAAAUGCAGUUUCUCAGUGUGAACAUGAUGUAUCUUGUCUUUGAGAUAAAUUAAAUUAAAUACAAGUUGAAAAGGAUUUGCAAA